AUGGAUAUUUUUAGAGUAUUAACUAGAGGAGCUUCCGUGAAGAAAGAGUCAGGCCCAAAGGCUAAGGCAGCAGAUUACAGCGUUAUAAAUGGAAAUGAUGAGAAUCAUAAGGAAGAUAAUAAUGAAAGCCAGAUCGUGAAAGAACUUGAUUUCUUUCGAAACAAGAGAAUCAUUAGCAAGGUAGAGGAUGAUAGAGAGAAGACAACCGAAAACGAUUCUCCAAACAAAGAGGAGAAGAGCGGCAAUGAUGAUGGUCUGAUAAAACCAGUGAUUACCAAUACCGUUGAGGCAUCCGCGUUGAGAAAAUCAUAUAAGGGAAACGUGUCGGGUAUAGAUAUACCACUUCCAAUAGGUUCGUUUGAAGAUUUAAUUUCAAGGUUUUCAUUCGAUAAGCGUUUACUGAAUAACUUGAUUGAAAACGGGUUUACUGAGCCUACCCCAAUUCAAUGUGAAUGUAUUCCUGUUGCUUUGAAUAAUAGAGACGUUUUGGCAUGUGGUCCCACAGGGUCUGGUAAGACGUUAGCAUUCUUAAUUCCGCUGGUUCAGCAGAUUAUUGAUGACAAGCAAACUGCAGGGUUGAAAGGGUUAAUCAUUUCGCCUACAAAGGAAUUAGCGAACCAAAUUUUUAUUGAAUGUUUUAAGCUAUCUUACAAGAUAUUUUUGGAGAAAAAAAGGCCUCUGCAAGUUGCACUCUUAUCUAAAUCUUUAGGCGCUAAAUUGAAAAACAAGGUAGUUAGUGAUAAGAAAUAUGAUAUAAUCAUUUCUACCCCAUUAAGACUAAUCGAUGUUGUGAAAAACGAAGCUCUCGAUCUCUCCAAAGUUAAGCAUUUGAUAUUUGAUGAAGCUGAUAAAUUGUUUGACAAAACAUUCGUUGAACAGAGUGACGAUAUUUUGAGCGCCUGUAGAGAGCCAUCGUUGCGUAAAGCGAUGUUUUCUGCGACCAUUCCAUCCAAUGUAGAAGAGAUUGCACAAAGUAUAAUGAUGGAUCCUGUUAGAGUUAUUAUUGGCCACAAGGAAGCAGCAAAUACAAAUAUUGAACAAAAAUUAAUAUUUUGUGGUAAUGAAGAGGGUAAACUAAUUGCUAUUAGACAACUCGUUCAAGAGGGUGAGUUCAAGCCACCGAUCAUAAUAUUUUUAGAGUCUAUUACAAGAGCAAAAGCGUUAUAUCAUGAAUUGAUGUACGAUAGGAUUAACGUAGAUGUGAUUCAUGCAGAAAGAACAGCCUUACAAAGAGACAGGAUUAUUGAACGAUUUAAAACUGGUGAAUUAUGGUGUUUGAUCUGUACCGACGUUUUAGCUCGUGGUAUUGACUUCAAAGGUGUCAAUCUGGUCAUCAAUUAUGACGUUCCAGGAUCGUCUCAGGCUUAUGUUCACAGAAUUGGUAGAACAGGUAGAGGUGGGCGGUCAGGUAAAGCUAUCACAUUCUAUACUAAACAAGACUCAGUAGCUAUUAAACCAAUAAUAAAUGUCAUGAAACAAAGUGGUUGUGAAGUAUCUGAGUGGAUGGAUAAAAUGGCUAAAAUGACCAGAAAGGAGAAAGAAAGUAUAAAAAACGGUAAAGCGCAUAAAGAAAGAAAGCAGAUUACUACUGUGCCUAAGAUGGAUAAGGCCAAAAGAAGACGUCAACAAGAAAUGAUUGCAGCAUCCAAAAGAAGAAAAAAUGAAGAACUUUCAAAAAAACAUUUCUCGAAAUAA